AUCAUUGUAUGAUGACUUUAAAGUUCCAUUGCCUGUGCUCGUUUACAGCUGUUGUACAACGCCCGGUUCUCAUCAUACAACAGUCGGUGCAGCAGCGCGGAAUUAUGUCGGCAUCCCGCCCCUUGAAGCGGCGCAAGGAGUACCUGGAUCGUGACAAGUUCUUCCAGAUGCCUGUGUCAAGUCUUUACAAGCGACUGAAGGACCACGCCGCAGCAGCGUCAAAUGUCGCGAGCACAAGUCGCUGCAACGGAGACGACUCUCCGGCUUCGGCAGAAACCAGCGCAUCGUGUUUCGCACACAGCGACGACGACGAUAACGACGGUGCCAAUGGCAGUGCGGGUACAGUUCCGUGCAGUUCUGCGUCCAGUAGCACGCACACACGAAGUGACGACGAGCAAGGGAGCUCUGAAGAUAGUAGUGAGGAGAGCGACGGCUUUGAGGAGGCACAAUCUGAGAGCGGAGACAAUCGCCAGUUUUCUGGCUUUAGCGAGGAAACCCUGCCAGGCUCACAAGUCACGAAAGCUGGCGCAAUUGCAGCAGUUAUGGCGUACGCAAUUGCCCACGGUCUCACUUGGACGGCACUAGGUGAUCUUUCAAAGCUUAUUAACUUUCUCUUUGGUGCCAGUGUAUUGCCGCGCAGCGAAUACAUGUUUCGCAAGCUUAGGAGCAAUGAAGCAGAAGUGCUACGGUACUAUUAUGUAUGCGAAACAUGCAGCGCAGUAAUGACGCCACAAGGUAAAAUGGCACAGUGCCAAAUUUGCGAGCAUACUGAAAGACUUCAGGCCCUGAAAGAGCAAGGCUCAUUUUUUAUCAUCCUUGACUUCCACAAAGAGCUCAGCUUUUUGAUAGAAAAAACUAAAUCUGAGUUAGAGUCGAGUUUGGUAAAAGCACGACUGCCGGUAUCGAAAAUAAGUGAUAUAACAAAUGCUCGGUGCUAUGCUAAACUGAAGAACGCAAGAAGCCUUGCGGAUGAUGACUUGACGCUGACCACAAACACCGAUGGCAGCCCAGUCUUCAAGUCGUCAAAAACAUCUGUGUGGCCUAUUCAGUUCAUUGUUAAUGAACUGCCACCACACUUGCGGUUCAAGCACCCGGUACUUGCAGGACUUUGGUUUAGCAAGUCAGAUCCAAACAUGCAACUCUUCCUUGAAAAGUUUGUGCAAGAAGUGAACAGCACGAAACCAGUGACAUGGACUUACCAGAACAGGGUCCAUACGUCUUGGCCUUUCGUGCUGUGUUGUUCUGUGGAUGCGCCUGCAAGGGCAGCUGUGCUAAACAUGGUGCCUUUCAACGGCUACUUUGGAUGCCCCUGGUGCCUUAUAAGGGGCGAGCAUGUGGAAGGUUUGGAUUUCGUGAACGGUCAAAGUGUUGAGUACAUGCACUGUGUACUUCAAGGUGUCAGUAAACAACUGACUGAGGCGAUCCUGACUUCUACGAACAGCAACCAGCGCUUCUAUGUUGGUGCGCCUUCAGUUGCUGCGAAGAUAGAGUCGCGGCUGCUUGCCAUAAAGCCCCCACACUGCGUGACCAGGCUGCCGCGCCCGCUCAAAGAUCGUGGCCACUGGAAGGCAUCUGAGUGGAGGCAAUGGAUAUUGUUUUAUGCACUCCCUUGCCUUGAUGGUAUUCUGCAUCCUGAGUAUUGGAAGCACCUGUCUCGGCUUUCGGAAGGCAUCCACAUCCUUCUUCAGGAAGAAUUGGGCGCCCGUGACAUUGACAGAGCAGGAGGCCAUCUCUUGGGGGACGCUGCGUAUCCCUUGACGACGUGGUUGCUGCCACCCUACCACCAGACUACGGCGAACUGGCAGCCAUGGAUGAGUGCGUUCAACUACGUGCACAAUAAGCAGCAAGUGGUCAUUGAGGGGGCCUUCGGAAUCCUCAAAGCGCGGUUCCAGCGGCUGCUAUAUAGAUGUCGGCAGCAUCAAGCGGGCGGUACAGAUUGUACUUGCAGGCUGUGUGCUGCACAAGGCUUGGCAAUGCGGCGACGUCGUGGAGGACCUCGAAGCGAGCGACAGCGGUACUGAUGUCUCGUCUGCUGAACCCGCCGAAAGCGAUGACGCACCAGCCCUGUCGGCAGCAGCCUUCCGUGAUAGCAUCGCCCAGAGCCUCUAAAUGCAAGGGUUAUUUACAUUUGUGGCUUGACUGUGAUAUCCUCUUACCGUACGCAUGACACACACACAUAUACGUUUUGUUUUUUCAGUAUCCGUUCACUUGCGUGCAUCUUUUUUCUUCUUAGUUUGCUUUUAUUCUUACGCAUUGAUCAAUCGAAACCAACAUAAUUUUAAUAUAUGCUCCUGUUUUAUAUAGCUGCACUAGUUCUUUAAUAUCCACGUGUCUUGCAAUUGUGCAGAAAUUUAAUCCUAUAUACUUCCAGCUUCGUUUCUUCAUUGUAUGCUUAUUUUUGUAAUGUCGAGCGCACAUGUGUAUGUACUUUUUUUUGCUUGUUCACUUCAUCCUCAGGACGGAUUACUCUUUUGAUAUAUGCAGCUAAUUAAAAUUCUUUAAUUCUUUUUAUACAUUCUAGUAUUUUCACGUGAUUACUGUGCCAUUGUGUCACAAUUUGUGCAACCUUUGGACAACUAAUUUGCAAUUUGAUUCACUAUUCAUCCCAGCCCACAUUAUGCCUGCAGCCUGGGGUUGUUUACUGCAUGCUACAUCUUGGAGUACAUGCAUGUGAUGUUCCCUUUUUGAAAUGCAGUAGUAGAAAUAUGAAAGGCAGUUAGCUUUUAUUCUCUUAAUGAUAAAAGUAACCUUCAUGGCUCUUCCGAACCAGGCCUGUAUUGAUGCUCAGUAACUACAAUAAAUAUACU